AGCAGCAUCACAGAGCAGACUGGACCGGCAGAGAGAGAGGAGCUCGAUGUAUAGCUGAUAUAACAGCUGAGAAAGUUGUGACCAUGUGGAAGAAAGCAGCGGCCUUUCUGAUCCAACUCUCCUGCAUCUCCCAGCACGUGAGCGCUCUGCAGAGAGGCGAGCUUUUCCCCUACGGGCCACUUAACGGGGAUCUGACCCUGCAGGAAGGAGACGAUGAAACAUCCCAAGUGAUUGCUCUGAGUAAACCCAUGCGCUUCUACGACACCUCCUUCAGCAAAUUAUAUGUGGCCACCAAUGGCAUCAUCUCACCACAUGACCUUCCUAUGGAGAAGCAGUACGUUGAUGACGGCUUCCCCACCGAAUUCCCAGUUAUCGCCCCCUUCCUCGCUGACAUCGACACCAGUAACGGAAAAGGAGUCAUCUACUACCGGCAAACUGAAUCCCCAAAUGUCCUGAAUCGAGUAGCUGCUGAGGUCCAGAAAGGGUUCCCAGGCACUCAGUUUACACCAACUCACGCCGUCAUCGCCACGUGGGAAAAUGUGGCUGCUUACAAAGUGGACAUGCUCACUACUGAGUCAUCCAGACAGGUCAACACAUUCCAAGCGGUGGUGGCUUACGAUGAGGAGAACACUUACGCUCUCUUCCUCUACCCAGAAGAUGGACUGCAGUUUUUCGGAACUCUUCCUAAGGAGAUGUUUAAUGUGGAGAUCGAGCUUCCUGCACGUGUCGGCUUCACCAGGGGAGAAAUCUCGUAUCUUGUAUUCGGACGAACCGAGGGGCCUUACUUCAGCCUCACCUCCAACGAGCAGUCUGUCAAGAACUUGUACCAGACGAGCAACACCAACGUGCCUGGCGUUUGGCUCUUCCACAUUGGAAAUGCACACUCUUUCGUCAACGUGAUUCCAGCUACAUUUUCGGGCCGUUUACUCACCACAGUCCCUCAGAAGCAGAUGCUCCGAACAACCCCCGAGUACCCUCCAGGAGAGUAUGACACAGAAGAUGAUUCUUUCGACGAUGAGCAAGAAUACAACAUCGACCGAGAUUUCCCGAACACGGAUACCACAGAAUUCCCUCAGCCAGACCACGAUGCCCCUCGGAUGAGUGGUCAGAGCCAGGAAGGUGACUCAAAUCUGUUCUUACUUAACCAUUACGAAGUGAAAGUCACUCUGAGCCCUGACCCUCAGACCGAACACACUACUCCUACAAAUGUUCCCACGGAGGAAGUCGUCGAUUCCGUGCAUCCGGUGCCAAAGCAUCCUCUUCUGGAAGCGUAUCCCGUCCACCCUGAGGGUGAAGUGGUUAACGUGGAAGAUGAUGUGCACUUCGACACUGGAGUGUUUCGCUAUUCCACUCCGAACAAGGAGACCUGUGAUCGAUUCCAGCAGACCUGCAGUCAGAACGCUUACUGUGCCGAUUACCCAUCAGGCUACUGCUGCCACUGCAAUGCCGGUUUCUAUGGAAAUGGACGCCAUUGCCUUCCCGAUGGUGCUCCUCAACGUGUGAAUGGAAAGGUCAAUGGGAUGGUCUCAGUGGGUUCGACCCCAGUGGGAUUGAACAGUAUCGACCUCCAUGUAUACAUCGUAGUGGGUGAUGGUCGAGCAUACACAGCCAUCAGCGAAGUCCCAGAGCCUUUGGGGUGGGCACUAAUGCCCGUCACGCCUAUAGGUGGCCUUUUCGGGUGGCUCUUUGCUCUCAAGCUUCCCAACAGCCGUAAUGGCUUCAACGUCACUGGUGCUGAGUUUACACGCCACGCCGAUGUGACCUUUUACCCCGGCAACCAACGGCUCACCAUCGUUCAGACCGCCAAAGGACUGGACAACCAGAACUACCUCAACGUUGAAACUCAUCUAGAGGGCAGCGUGCCCUUCGUACCACCCGGUGCAAGCAUUCAGAUGGAGCCUUUUUCAGAAACAUACCAGUAUUACCCAUCAUUGAUCACAUCCAACUCGGUACGGGAGUUUACUAUCGUGUCCGCACUGAGCGGAGCGGAAAAAUUCACCUACCAGCUGAGACAGAACAUCACGUACAAGGACUGCAGACACACGCUGCAUCCCGGGGCUGAGACGCUGCAGCUUAAUGUCGAGCGCAUCUUUGCCAUGUACGUCAAAGAAGAACGCGUUCUCAGAUACGCCAUCACCAACAAGAUCGGCCGUGUCGGGGAUUACGUCCAAGAACCUCAGCAGGGGAACCCUUGCUACUUGGGAAGCCAUGAUUGUGACACCACAGCACAGUGUGUACCAGGAGAAGGACAACACUUUACCUGCGUGUGUGCUACUGGAUACACCGGAGAUGGACGCAACUGCUAUGAUGUGGACGAGUGUACUGAAGGUCUGAGCUCCUGUGGGAGUCACGCUCAGUGUGUGAAUCUGCCUGGAAGUCACAGCUGCCAGUGCCAGAGUGGCUUUGAGUACGGACAUGACAGUCGCACCUGUAUAGAUGUUGACGAGUGCCGAAGACAUCCGUGCCACCCUCAUGCUUCCUGCACCAACGUUGUGGGCUCCUUCCAGUGCCAAUGCCAGCCUGGAUUCCACGGGGAUGGCUUCCAGUGUCAUGUCGAAGAGCGUCCCAAGACUCAGUGUGAGCACCACAGAGACAGCGUACAGAGUGGAGUGGAUGGUUUAUCUGUGCAUGGAACAUACGUCCCUCAGUGUGACGAACAGGGUCAAUACAGACCUCAACAGUGCCAUGGUUCAACAGGAUACUGCUGGUGUGUGGACAGUAGAGGGCAGGAGAGAGCAGGAACCCGCACUCCACCUGGUACACCAGCUCACAACUGUGACGCUCCAGACCGUCCCAAGACUCAGUGUGAGCAGCACAGAGACAGCACACGAACGGAAGUGGACGGUUUACCUGUGCAUGGAGCAUACGUCCCUCAGUGUGACGAGCAGGGUCACUACAGGCCUCGACAAUGCCAUGCCUCUACAGGACACUGCUGGUGUGUGGACAGUAGGGGGCAGGAGAGAGCAGGAACCCGCACUCCACCUGGGACCCCACCUACCAACUGUGAUGCGCCAGAGCGUCUUAAGACUCAGUGUGAGCGGCACAGAGACAAUGCCCAGGUCAGACCUGGCGGUAUACCGCUGGCGGGAGUGUUUAUUCCUGACUGUGAUGAAGAAGGGAACUACAGGCCUCGGCAAUGCCACAGUUCUUCAGGAUACUGCUGGUGUGUGGACAGUAGGGGGCAGGAGAGAGUAGGCACCCACAGCCCACCUGGUGCACCGUUUAUCAACUGCGAUGCUCCAGAACGUCCCAAGACUCAGUGUGAGCGGCAUAGACACAGUGCACAGCAUGGAACAGACGGUGUGCCUGUGUUGGGAGCCUUCAUCCCUGAGUGUGAUGAGGAAGGUCGCUACAGGUCCUUACAAUGCCACAGUUCUACAGGACACUGUUGGUGCGUGGACAGUAGGGGGCAGGAAAGAGUGGGCACCCGAACACCACCUGGUACCCAACCUACCGACUGUGACGCUCCAGUUCAUCCUGAGCGUCCUAAGACUGCAUGUGAAGAGCACAGAGACUCUGUGAAGGCCAGAGUGAAUAGUUUGGGUAUUGUGGGUGCCUUCAUCCCUCAGUGUGAUGAGGAGGGUCGUUACAAAUCAAAACAGUGCCAUGGCUCUACAGGACACUGCUGGUGUGUGGACAGUGCAGGGCAAGAGAGGGCGGGCACCCGCACUCCACCUGGUACACCAAAUGUCGACUGUGAUGCUACAGUUCAUCCUGAACGUCCUAAGACUACAUGUGAAGAGCACAGAGACUCUGUAAAGGCUAGAGUGAAUAGUUUGGGUAUUGUGGGUGCCUUCAUCCCUCAGUGUGAUGAGGAGGGUCGUUACAAAUCAGAACAGUGCCAUGGCUCUACAGGACACUGCUGGUGUGUGGACAGUGCAGGGCAGGAGAGAGCGGGCACCCGGACACCACCUGGUACACCAAAUGUCGACUGUGAUGCUACAGUUCAUCCUGAGCGUCCUAAGACUGCAUGUGAAGAGCACAGAGACUCUGUGAAGGCCAGAGUGAAUAGUUUGGGUAUCGUGGGUGCCUUCAUCCCUCAGUGUGAUGAGGAGGGUCGUUACAAAUCAGAACAGUGCCAUGGCUCUACAGGACACUGCUGGUGUGUGGACAGUGCAGGGCAAGAGAGAGCGGGCACCCGCACUCCACCUGGUACACCAAAUGUCGACUGUGAUGCUACAGUUCAUCCUGAACGUCCUAAGACUACAUGUGAAGAGCACAGAGACUCUGUAAAGGCUAGAGUGAAUAGUUUGGGUAUUGUGGGUGCCUUCAUCCCUCAGUGUGAUGAGGAGGGUCGUUACAAAUCAGAACAGUGCCAUGGCUCUACAGGACACUGCUGGUGUGUGGACAUUGCAGGGCAGGAGAGAGCGGGCACCCGGACACCACCUGGUACACCAAAUGUCGACUGUGAUGCUACAGUUCAUCCUGAACGUCCUAAGACUACAUGUGAAGAGCACAGAGACUCUGUGAAGGCCAGAGUGAAUAGUUUGGGUAUUGUGGGUGCCUUCAUCCCUCAGUGUGAUGAGGAGGGUCGUUACAAAUCAGUACAGUGCCAUGGCUCUACAGGACACUGCUGGUGUGUGGACAGUGCAGGGCAGGAGAGAGCGGGCACCCGCACUCCACCUGGUACACCAAAUGUCGACUGUGAUGCUACAGAUCAUCCUGAACGUGCUAAGACUGCAUGUGAAGAGCAAAGAGACACUGUGAAGUCCAGAAUGAAUAGAUUGGGUAACGUGGGUGCCUACAUCCCUCAGUGUGAUGAGGAGGGUCGUUACAAAUCGUUACAGUGCCAUGGCUCUACAGGAUACUGCUGGUGUGUGGACAGUGCAGGGCAGGAGAGAGCGGGCACCCGCACUCCACCUGGUACACCAAAUGUCGACUGUGACGCUCCAGAACGUCCUAAGAGUCAGUGUGAGCAGCACAGAGACAGCAUACAUGGCAGAGGGGAUGGUUUACGCUUGACAGGAGCUUACGUCCCUCAGUGUGAUGAGGAGGGUCGUUACAAAUCAGUACAGUGCCAUGGCUCUACAGGACACUGCUGGUGUGUGGACAGUGCAGGGCAGGAGAGGGCAGGCACCCGCACACCACCUGGUACACCAAAUGUCGACUGUGAUGCUACAGAUCAUCCUGAACGUGCUAAGACUGCAUGUGAAGAGCAAAGAGACACUGUGAAGUCCAGAAUGAAUAGAUUGGGUAACGUGGGUGCCUACAUCCCUCAGUGUGAUGAGGAGGGUCGUUACAAAUCGUUACAGUGCCAUGGCUCUACAGGAUACUGCUGGUGUGUGGACAGUGCAGGGCAGGAGAGAGCGGGCACCCGCACUCCACCUGGUACACCAAAUGUCGACUGUGACGCUCCAGAACGUCCUAAGACUCAGUGUGAGCAGCAUAGAGACAGCAUACGUGGCAGAGGGGAUGGUUUACCCUUGAUAGGACCUUACGUCCCUCAGUGUGAUGAGGAGGGUCGUUACAAAUCAUUACAGUGCCAUGGCUCUACAGGACACUGCUGGUGUGUGGACAGUGCAGGGCAGGAGAGAGCGGGCACCCGCACACCACCUGGUACACCAAAUGUCAACUGUGACGCUCCAGAACGUCCCAAGACUCAGUGUGAACAGCACAGAGACAGAUCACAGAGCCGUCCAGAUGGGUCACCUGCGGUGGGAGCCUUCAUUCCUCAGUGCGAUGAGGAGGGUCAGUACAGGUCUCUACAGUGCCAUGGCUCGACGGGACACUGCUGGUGCGUGGACAGUAGGGGGCAGGAGAGACCGGGCACCCGCACGCCACCUGGCUCUCCUCGGAGGAACUGUGACGCGCCAGUGGAGGUGGUCCCUUCGCCGCGUCCGGAGACGGUGUGUGAGCGCUGGCGUGCCAGUCUGAUGGCGCGCUAUGGAGGUCGUCCAGGUCCAGAGAAUUUUCUUCCUCAGUGUGACGAGUCAGGCGAGUUCACCCCAGUACAGUGUUACGGGGAGUCCAAUUACUGCUGGUGUGUAGACAGACAUGGCCGAGAAGUUCCCGGGACACGCUCACACGACAAAGUCAAACCUGCCUGUAUACCAACUGUUCCCCCGCCCACCAUGCGCCCGUUGCCCCGCACAGACGUGACUCCUCCCCCAUCAGGCACUACUUUGCUCUACGCUCAAGGCCAACAGAUUGGAUCGCUUCCUCUCAACGGCACACGCAUGGACAAGGAGAGAUCCUCAGUUCUUCUCUCCCUGCAUGGCUCCAUAGUGGUUGGUAUUGACUACGACUGCAGAGAACGGAAGGUUUAUUGGACCGAUCUUGCUGGAAGAACGAUCAGCAGAGCCUCUCUGGAGCCUGGAUCAGAGCCUGAGAUCCUCAUAAACUCCGGCCUCAUGAGUCCAGAGGGUUUAGCAGUGGAUCAGGUACGCAGGAGGAUGUUCUGGGUGGACAGCGCGCCAGAUAAAAUCGAGACGGCCAAACUGGAUGGAAGUGACCGGCGCAUUCUGUUCAGCACGGAUUUAGUUAAUCCGAGAGCCAUCGUAGUGGACUCACUCUCAGGAACACUGUACUGGACCGACUGGAACCGGGAAGCCCCGAAAAUUGAGAGCUCCACUGUAGAAGGGCAUAACAGAAGGAUACUAGUACAGGAUGGCAUUGGGCUUCCUAAUGCUUUGACGAUUGACCCCACAACACGCCGUAUCUGCUGGGCUGAUGCAGGAACCAAGAGCUUGGAGUGUAUCGCGCCUGACGGGACCGGCCGACACGUGAUUCGUAGCGAGCUGAACUAUCCGUUCAGCAUGGUGUUUUAUGCCAACCACUUCUACUACACAGACUGGAGGAGGGAUGGAGUCAUCGGUUUAAGUCGAGACUCGAGCCAUUUUACGGAUGAGUAUCUGCCCGAUCAGCGUUCACAUCUGUACGGCAUCACUGUCGCCCCCUCCAGCUGUUUAUAGGGGAGGACAUAACAGAAGCCACUGUUCCAUGGUGCUGUGUUUUUCUGGGAUUUUUUAUUUUUUAUUCACACGUUGGGAAACGAACGCCCCUCUCUCAGCCGUUACCAAAGCCAUUGCGUCUUUAUAAACCCCUCCUCCUCCAAGAAAAAAGGUCAUGCUUCUCCUUGUUUAGAUUUGUACAUUUGUUUUAUACCUCAUUUCUUUCUACUGUAUUUUUGUAUGUUUUUCUAAAUAAUAAAUAAAUAAAUAAGCCAAAGAGGCCCAAAUUAUAAUUCAUGUUUGUGCAAAAAUGUUCUUGUGUAUAAAUAUAUUUGUACACGUGUGCAGCUUCGGAGCCCCUCGGCGCACUAAUAAGAAGCCGACAUACGGGACUGCACUGAACAUAACCCACGAUUUCUUUCACAGUUCCCUUUUUUAUAACCUUUUUUUUUUUGGAAUCUUUUGUAAGAUGUGAUAUUUAUAACAAUAAAAAGUGAUUCACAAUGUG